AGUAAAAAGCCACACAGACGAGAUUCGUCACACAAAUUCUUGUGUGAAAAAAUUGUAUUUUACGCUGGAGCGACUAGGCGCGGAGGAAUAUAGUGACCACGAGGAGUGCUACAAUUGGUUUGACGCAGACGAGAAGUCGCGUCUCUUGCCGAAAAGCAAUCGUAAAUCGAGUGAUUCCGGGCUGCGGCCAAAAAUUAGGCAGCUGUUUAACGUGGAAGAACUGCAUCAAUUGACCCGUGGAGUGCGUCAGACUGCAUACAAAAAGCUGUCGCCGGAAGAAGUCGAUAAUAUUAAGAACAGAAAACUCAGUCAAUACUCAAAGGCCAUGUCAGCACCGACCGCAUCUUCCGUGAGCGAUGCCGCUGCCGCCCUGUCGGGCAACUUGCAGUUGGCACCACUGCGCACCCUCGACGAUUUCGUGCUUGGAUCGGCGCGUUUCCAAUUGCCCAACCUGAAGGAUUUCGACAAGUGGGGCAAUCGCGUGGUGAAGAACUUGCUCUACUAUCAAACCAACUACAUUCUGCUCUUCCUGGUCAUCUAUGCCCUGAUGAUUGUGUGCAAUCCAACCAAAAUCCUCAGUGGCUUGAUUGUCCAGGCCCUGAUCAUUGCUGUCAUUUGGCAAUUCUUCAGCAGCAAAUCCAAGCCCAGCUUCAUCGCCAGCCGUCUGACGGGAGGCAAUGCCAAUGCGGCCGAACAAAAUGCUCAACAGAAAUGGUACAUCCUGGCCGGUGCUCUGAUUGGUGGAUAUUUGUUUUUGCAUUUGAUUAGCGCCGUGCUGCUGACCGCCUUCACCUUGCUGCUGCCCAUUUCGGUGACAUUUAUACACGCCUCGCUGCGUCUACGUAACAUGAAGAACAAGCUGGCCAACACCAUCGAGAGUUUUGGUCCAUCUACACCGAUGGGUGCCUUGCUCGAUGCGUUGAACGUGCGUGCAGAAGGUGUGAUCAAUUAAGGAACGGUUGACCGAGACAUAGAAUCCACGUUUUUACAGCUAGUUAUCCUUUAAAUGUUGAACCUUGCAAACAAUGUAUUACCAUAUAAUCGAUUUGAUCUUGAGUUUUGUAUUGAAAUAUGAUUUUAUUACUUGUGUACUUUGCUAUUAUGAUUGUCAAAAUAAAGUUUUCCCAUUAAAGAGUU